CCCCAAAACACAGCUGGGAAGGUAUCCGUCCGCGCAUGCGCUUUGCGGACAUCACAGUAUGAAGAAGAGUGCGGUGCACAAGUAGCGCGAGAGAUGAAGACGCCACCAGACAGAUCAGGAAUCACCUUUGAGGUCGGAGCUCAGCUGGAAGCACGAGACCGCCACAAGAAGUGGUACGCAGCAACGAUCGAGAAAAUCGACUACGACAAAGAGCGUCUCCAGGUGCACUACCGCCAGUGGAGCCGUCGGCACAACGAAUGGUUUCACUGGACUUCGCCGUACCUGCGGCCGCUGGAGCGAGUCAGCCUGAGGAGGCAGGGCCUGAACCCGGCCUGCUCAGCACCGAUGUUUGUCUCAGGACAGAAGGUUCUGGCCUGUUGGACCGAUUGUCGUUUCUAUCCGGCUAAAAUCCUCAGAGUCAACAAGGACGACUCCUACACAGUGCGUUUCUAUGACGGUGUGGUUCUGACUGUGAAGCCCACGAAGGUGAAGCCCUUCCAGGAAAAGUCCAGAUCUGAGAAGAGUGCUGUGGGAAGCGAGGGAUGGGAGGAAGGGGAGAGCGAAGAGGAUGGUGAGGAGGAGGAGGAGGAGGAGGAGGAGGAGAGGAAGGAGGAAGAAGAGACAGAUGAGGAGGAAACAGAAGAGAAGGUGACAUCAGGAGAAGAGGAAGGAGCUGAGGAAGAGGACGAGGAGAGGAAGAAGCAGGCAGACCUUUCAUCCUCUCCUCCACCAGCGAAGAAGAAAACAGACAGUAGAAGCAGUGGAGCUCACAAUCAGCCAAUCACAGCGGACUGCACCCAACCAGAUCCUCCAGACCCCGCCCACACGGACAGAGACGUCCUGUUGGAGCGGCAGGCUCACCUCCCCACCACACACAAGUUCAGCCGGGAGCCUCUCUACAGGGUGAUAAAGAACCAGCCGCCCCCCAUCCUCUCCAUCGAGCUGGACCACAACCCCUUCAAGUGUCCCUCCGCCGGCUGCACCAAGUCCUUCAGGAAGGCCAGUCUGCUGCACUACCACAUCAAGUACUACCACUCCGACCAGCCGGACGAGCAGCCGGAGGCUCCGAGGAGGAAGAGGUCGUCUUCUAAGGGCAGCGACUUCCUGUCAGACAGCAAGAGCGAGGACCAGUACACCGGUCACCAUGACGACGGGCGGCACGGCGGCCCCGACACGGGUAGGAUGGUCGGUUUAACUGGAGGUCAAACGGGGUCGACGUGUGUUUUAAUCCGUAAGAUGAAGAUGUUCAGUUCUGUUUAUGCAGACGGGAAGAAGGAAGGACGGAGAACGGGAGAGGACAGGAAGGAGAGGAAGAGCUUCAAACUGAGAGUCAAACUGAAGAAGAAGAAAAAGAAGAAGAAGAAGAAGAAGAGCCAGUCGGCACUCGGCAGCAGCGACGACGACAACUCUGAGCGACCGGCAGUGAACCUGAAGCUGUCGGCCGGACCCGAGCUCACACACACUCAAGCCGACGACGGCAGUGACUGGUCGACGCUCACGGCAGAGAGCGGGGAGGACACGCCCCCUUGGCCCGCUGCCAUGGAAACGGAGGAGUGUGAGGUGGUGAGGUGUGUGUGUGAGGUGGACGAGGAGAACGACUUCAUGAUCCAGUGUGAGUCGUGUCUGUGCUGGCAGCACGGCACCUGUAUGGGUCUGUAUGAAGACAACGUGCCGCACAACUACACCUGUUACUACUGCAGACACACGGCGGGUUGGAGGCGGGCCCAGCGCUUCCUGUCAGAGCCUGAUUUGCUGGUGUCUGGUCACAUGUUCGGGCUGUCGUGUGUGAAGGAGAACUACUCUGAGGUGAACUCCUCCACCAUCUCACACACCAACAGCCUGCUGGCGCACACACUCGGCCUCCAGCAGGUCCUCAGCGGGCUGCAGCUGAAGAUCGGCCUGCUGCGAGCUCCGCCCCCCCCCGACCUGCAGCUGUGGAGGCGGCCCUGGAGGCGGGAUCAGGGGCCGAGGGCGACGCCCGGCCCGAGAGAAGAGACUCCCGUCUGUUACGUCAGCAGCGAGCACUGCUACCAGAAGCCAGGUGCAUCAUGGGAAAAGGACCGGCAGGAGGACGACACUGAGCUCAGGGAAAUAAAGCCUGAAGACGUCCACCAGAAAACAUCCGAUGACGUCUCCGCACAUUCGGACCGCCGCCGCGAACACGCACAAGAACACACACACGCACACACACACGCACACACACACACACACACACACACUCGUCCGGCGCCCGAGGCCGAGUGUCAGCUGAACCUGCUGGAACACGUCGAGUCUCUUCACCACCAGAUCAGCGCCAGGAUGGACAUGAUAGAGCGAGAGCUGGACGUUCUGGAGUCCUGGUUGGACCACUCGGGUGAGCUGGAGCCUCCGGACCCUUUGUCCCGCCUCCCACAGCUCAAACAGCGAAUCAGGCGGCUGCUGCGUGACCUGUGCACCGUGAGACACCUGUCGGUCUGGCGCUGACACUCUCUCCCUCUCCCUCCCCCCCCCCCUCCAAAAAAAAACGUUGACCUUUUAACCCCGCCGACGGAGAGCGAGUCGUGGAGCGAGUCGUGGAGUGAGUCGCCUCCGGAGCCCGGAGAGGUCGAACACGGCGGUUUGAUCCCCGCGGUCGAGGCGCGGCGCCCCCUCUGGUGGAGAAAGUGUUUCAUACAAAGUGUUGACUCACAAAAGGAACCACAACGUGCGCCACGUGGUUACCGAUUGGCUCGUUCAGAGACGUAUUCUUAACGCCGUACGGCUCGACCAAUCGGACGCCUUCUUUUUGCUCAGUUUAGUCAAGUAGGAAGUGAUCCGCCGUGACUCCGGGGGGAGGAGUUAACGCUAAGACAUCAACAGCAAAACACGUCACAAACAUCUGGAAUGUAAACAAACACAAACCUGGUGGUUUAAUACUCAUAUUUAAAUACUAUGUCUUCUUCACACUGAUACUUCUUCAGAAUAUGAAGUACAAGUACACACAACGCAAGAACGUUGGUUUUAUUUCACACUAAAUUAAUUAAGAAUUGUCGUGUCUGUAUACACACAUAUAUAUAUAUGUGUGUGUUUGUAUAUAUUUAUUUAUAUUUAUAUAUAUAUACAUAUAUAU